AAACUGAAAACUAUAAACUCGAGAAAACAAGUGAAAAUUUUAUUUAAAACUAAAAAGUAUCAAGUGUAAGGAGAUACUAGAAGCAAAGAAAACAUUUUUAGCAAGUGCAACCCGGGUAUACAACGUAUAAUGGCACCAAUAAACACUGACAAUUGCGAAUUUGAAUGUGCAACUGUUGAUACAAGCGUCAGCAAUAAUUUUGAGAGCAAUACCAAUAACAUCAGCAACAGCAGCAGCAGCACCAGCAGCAGCAGCAACAACAACAUCAUCAACAACAACGAAGAAUCGAAUGAAGUGCAUUUGAGUGACAACGAUCAGCAUCAGGAUGAUGAUGUACAGGAGCAGAUGCCCUGGGAGGCACCAGGCAAACAAGGACUCUAUGAUCCUCAGAAUGAGCACGAGGCCUGCGGUGUCGGUUUCAUUGUGGCCAUCGAUGGCAAACGCUCUCACAAGAUUUUACGUGAUGCCCAGACCCUGUCAGAACGGAUGAAUCAUCGCGGUGCCUGCGCCUGCGAUAAUGACACUGGCGAUGGUGCUGGCGUUUUGGCUUCCAUUCCCCACGGACUCUAUGCCAAGGCUCUCGCUUCUCAAGGUGUAACCUUGCCAGAGUUGGGCAAUUAUGCUACAGGCAUUUUUUAUCUGGAUGAGGCGCAACACUCAGCCGCCGAAACUGAAUUCAAUGCAUUGGCCAAGAGCCUGGGCCUAGAUGUGAUUACCUGGCGUACUGUGCCAGCUAAACAGGAGGCCAUCGGUGUGGUCGCUCGCAAAUCGGAGCCACUGUCGCGUCAAGUAUUCGUACGCCGUCCCGAGGGCAGCGAUGAGAAGACGUUUGAGCGACAGGUCUUCGUUUUGAGGAAACGUGCCAGCCAUGAGCUGACCAAGCCGGGCAGACGUUUCUAUAUCUGUUCCUUGUCGGAUCGCACUGUCGUGUACAAGGGUCUGUUCACCUCGGAUCAACUCUGGGACUACUAUACGGAUCUGAAAAAUCCCGAAUUCGAGACUUACUUGGCCCUGGUCCAUACACGCUUCUCGACAAACACCUUCCCCAGCUGGGAGCGUGCCCAUCCAUUGCGUGUCUUGGCCCAUAAUGGUGAGAUCAAUACCUUGCGUGGCAAUGUCAAUCUAAUGAAGGCCCGCGAGGGUGUAAUGCAGUCCGAAUUGUUUGGCGAUCAGCUAAAGAAACUCUAUCCGGUGGUGGAGCCCAAUCUCUCUGACUCUGGAUCAUUUGAUUGUGUCUUGGAGUUCAUUACCAUGGCCAGUGAGCGUUCGUUGCCCGAAUCGGUGAUGACAAUGGUUCCUGAGGCCUGGCAGAAUGACAAGACUAUGCCGCAGGAGAAGCGUGACUUCUACCAGUGGGCUGCCUGUGUGAUGGAACCGUGGGAUGGUCCUGCAUUGAUUAGUUUCACUGAUGGCCGCUUCAUUGGUGCCGUUCUGGACAGGAAUGGAUUGCGUCCAUCGCGUUUCUAUGUGACCAAGGAUAACGUGCUGGUCAUGGCCUCCGAGGUGGGUGUCUACGAUGUAGAUCCAUCCCAGGUGUCGCUCAAGAGUCGCCUUAAGCCGGGUCGCAUGUUGUUGGUGGAUACCAAAGAGAAGAAAUUGAUCCAGGACAUUGAGUUGAAGUCGCAGAUUGCCAAGUCGCGUCCCCAUUCCGAAUGGUUGCAGCAAAAGAUGAUAACCUUGGACGAGAUACGUAAUGCGAAUGUCUUGAAUGCUCCGGUGGAGGAGCAGCCCAAGCUGCCUGCCUCUCAACGUGGCAUCUUUGAUCCGCGUCUUCCGCUCUUUGGAUACACCACGGAGACAGUGAACAUGUUGCUCAUACCCAUGUUUAAGAACAAGAAAGAAGCUUUGGGAUCUAUGGGAAAUGAUGCUCCAUUGGCAUGCUUGUCGGCAUUCCAACCCAUUCCUUACGAGUACUUCAAGCAGCUAUUCGCCCAGGUUACCAAUCCACCAAUCGAUCCAUUCCGCGAAAAGGUGGUCAUGUCGAUGCAGUGUCCCAUUGGUCCAGAGGCCAAUUUGCUGGAGCCAUCGGCACAGCAGGUUCAUCGCAUCUGGCUACCAAAUCCCAUACUGAGCAUUCCAGAUACCCAGCUGCUCAAGCGGAAUACGCAUCGCGGCUGGAAAACCAAAGUGCUGGACAUAACAUUCCAGUUUAAUGACGGUGUUCAGGGCUAUCUCGAUUGCAUUGAUCGCGUUUGCCGCGAGGGUGCAAAUGCUGCCCAAGCUGGCUACCAAAUUCUGGUCAUAUCCGAUCGAGAGGCGGGCGCAAAGGGACGUCUAGCCGUAUCGGCCCUACUCGCCUUGGGCGCACUGCAUCAUCAUCUGAUUGAGACGCUGCAGCGCAUGAAGGUCGGCAUUGUGGUGGAGACAGCCGAAGCACGUGAAGUGCAUCACAUCUGCGUCCUCUUGGGCUAUGGAGCUGAUGCCAUUUGUCCUUAUCUGGCCUUCGAAUUGGCCCAAGCUCUGCGGGAUGAUGGUGUAAUCGGUCCUGAGGUCACUAACAAGCAAAUCUACAAUGCUUAUGCCCAGGCCAUUGACACCGGCAUUGCCAAGGUCAUGGCCAAGAUGGGUAUUAGCACAUUGCAGUCCUACAAGAGUGCCCAGAUCUUUGAGGCUGUGGGAUUGGGCAACGAUCUGGUGAACAAAUGCUUCCGCGGCACUCAAAGCCGCAUUGGCGGCGUCACCCUGGAGAUUAUGGCCAAAGAAGGAUUGGAUCGGUAUCAGCUAACCUAUUGCAAGGUCUCGCCCGAUACUCGCAUUCUCCGUAAUCCAGGCCAAUAUCAUUGGCGUCAUGGUGGAGAGGCUCACAUUAACGAGCCUUCCUCGAUUGGCAGUUUGCAGGAGGCGGCUGUCAAUAAGAAUCUUGGCGCUUUCGAGCAGUUCAAGAAGACCACUCUGGACAGUGUGAAAAAGUGUGCACUGCGUGGUCAAUUGGAAUUUGUGACCGAUCGCCAAAAGAUCGAUAUAUCGGAAGUGGAGCCGGCCAGCGAAAUUGUUAAACGAUUUGCCACCGGAGCCAUGAGCUUUGGCAGUAUAUCUCUGGAGGCCCAUCAGACAUUGUCCAUAACAAUGAAUCGCAUUGGCGGCAAGAGCAACACCGGUGAAGGUGGUGAAGAUUCGGAUCGUUAUUUGAAUCAAGAUCCCAAUAAUAGCCGCCGUUCGGCUAUUAAACAGGUGGCUUCUGGACGAUUUGGUGUUACCGCCUCUUAUCUGGCCAACGCUGAUGAUUUGCAGAUUAAGAUGGCUCAGGGUGCUAAGCCUGGUGAGGGCGGUGAGCUGCCCGGUUAUAAGGUUACCAAGGAUAUAGCCAAGACUCGUAAAUCGGUGCCGGGUGUGGGCCUAAUCUCACCGCCACCCCAUCACGAUAUCUAUUCGAUUGAGGAUUUGGCCGAAUUGAUAUACGAUCUAAAAUGCUCCAAUCCCAAUGCACGCAUCAGUGUCAAGUUGGUGUCGGAAGUGGGCGUCGGUGUGGUAGCCUCCGGAGUAGCUAAGGGUAAAGCUGAGCAUAUUGUAAUCUCUGGUCAUGAUGGCGGCACUGGUGCUAGCUCCUGGACUGGCAUCAAGAAUGCCGGUCUACCCUGGGAAUUGGGUGUAGCCGAAACUCAUCAAGUUUUGGUUUUGAAUAAUCUACGUUCAAGGGUGGUUGUUCAAGCCGAUGGUCAGUUGCGUACUGGCUUCGAUGUGGUGGUUGCUGCUCUCUUGGGAGCCGAUGAAUUUGGCUUCAGUACCGCCCCCUUGAUUGUUAUGGGUUGCACCAUGAUGCGCAAAUGUCAUUUGAAUACCUGUCCUGUGGGCAUUGCCACCCAAGAUCCAGUGUUGCGUAAAAAAUUCACUGGAAAACCCGAGCAUGUUAUUAACUUCUUCUUCAUGCUGGCCGAAGAUAUUCGUCAAAUAAUGGCCAAUUUGGGUAUACGCAAGUUCCAGGAUCUUAUUGGACGAACUGAUCUCUUGCGUGUGGCUAGCCAACGGGAGUCAAAGGCAAGCCAUUUGGACCUUAAGUUAUUGUUGCAACCAGCCUUGGACCUGCGUCCGGGCACGAAUAUUGUGGGCGGUUCCAUCAAACAGGACUUCCAAUUGGAGAAGCGUUCCGAUAAUGAGUUGAUUAUCAAGGCCCAGCAGAUCUUCAAUGGUUCCGCUGAUAAUGUCACGGUUAAAAUGCGUAUUCACAAUGAGGAGAGAGCAUUUGGCUCCACUUUGAGCUAUCAUAUUGCAUGCAAAUAUGGCGAAGCUGGUUUACCUCUGGACAAGAGCAUCGACAUCUUUUUGGAGGGUUCGGCCGGUCAGAGUUUCUGUGCUUUCUUGGCCCGCGGUGUCAAUGUCACUCUCAAGGGUGAUGCCAAUGAUUAUGUCGGCAAGGGUCUGUGUGGCGGCAAUGUCGUAAUCACUCCACCCGAUACCGCCACCUUUGAAUCGCAUCUCAAUGUGAUUGCGGGCAAUGUGUGCCUGUACGGCGCCACCGAGGGAACAGCCUAUUUCCGGGGCAUUGCUGCCGAACGUUUCUGUGUGCGCAACUCGGGUGUUACCGCUGUGGUCGAAGGUGUCGGUGACCAUGGCUGCGAAUAUAUGACUGGCGGUUUGGUACUCAUUCUCGGUCUGACUGGACGCAAUUUCGCAGCUGGCAUGUCCGGUGGUAUUGCCUAUGUGUACGAUAUUGAUGGCACAUUCAAGCCCAAGGUGAAUCCAGAGAGUGUCGAGCUGUUGCCGCUGGAGUUGUCGGAGGAUGUUGCAUUGGUUAAGAAACUGCUGGUCGAUUUCAUUGAGAAGACUGGCUCCAAGGUGGCCAAGCAAUUGCUCGAUAACUGGGCUGAGGCCCAAACGAAAUUCGUCAAGGUCUUCCCAUAUGAGUAUCAGAAGGCUCUCAAGGAUCUUGCUGAGCAGGAGGCUGUAGAGCAGCCUCUAAAAACGCCUGCCCUGGAGAAUGGCAAUGGCAAGCACGAGCCACACAUUAAGGACAUCGAAGAAGCCAUUCAGGAUGUAGCUCUGGAGCAAAAGCGUGCCGAUCGAGUGUUGGACAAGACACGCGGCUUUGUCAAGUACAAGCGCGAGACGGCACCCUAUCGCGAUGCGGCCGAACGACAGCAGGACUGGAACGAAGUUUACAACUUCCCGCAUGUGCGCAAGAACCUGAAGGUCCAGGCGGCCCGUUGCAUGGAAUGUGGUGUGCCCUUCUGUCAGUCCAAUUCGACGGGCUGCCCACUGGGCAAUAUUAUACCCAAAUGGAAUGAUUUGGUGUUCCAUGGGGAAUGGCAGGAGGCCUUGCGUCAGCUGUUGCAAACCAACAACUUCCCCGAAUUCACCGGACGCGUUUGCCCUGCCCCCUGCGAGGGAUCCUGUGUGUUGGGCAUCUCCGAACCGGCGGUGACCAUCAAGAACAUCGAGUGCGCCAUCAUUGAUCAUGCCUUCGAGCAGGGCUGGAUAAAAGCAGAAAUUCCUGAAGUGCGCACGGGCAAGCGGGUAGCCAUUGUGGGUUCCGGACCAUCGGGAUUGGCUGCCUCCCAGCAACUCAACCGCGCUGGACACUUUGUCACCGUCUUCGAGCGCAACGAUCGUGUCGGUGGACUUCUCCAGUAUGGCAUUCCGACCAUGAAGUUGUCCAAAGAGGUGGUCAAGCGUCGUGUCGAUCUUAUGGCUGACGAAGGAAUCGAAUUCCGUACUAAUGUUCAUGUGGGCAAGGACUUAAAGGCCGAGCAGCUGCUGCAAGAAUAUGAUGCAGUAUUACUCACAACUGGAUCCACCUGGCCACGCGAUUUGCCACUGGCCAAUCGUGAUCUGAAGGGUAUUCACUUUGCCAUGGAGUUCCUAGAAGCCCAGCAGAAGAAACAACUGGGCGGCAAGCAGGACAUCAUCUCAGCGGCCGGCAAAGAUGUGAUCAUCAUUGGAGGUGGUGAUACAGGCUGCGAUUGCAUUGCUACUUCUCUGCGUCAGGGAGCCAAGAGUAUCACCAGUUUCGAAAUCCUACCUGAACCCCCACAGAAGCGGGCCGAGGACAACCCCUGGCCACAGUGGCCCAAGGUCUUCCGUGUGGACUAUGGCCACGAGGAAGUGAAACUGAAUACGGGCAAGGAUCCGCGACAGUAUUGCACCACAACCAAAGAGUUUGUUGGCGAGAACGGUCACAUCAAGGGCGUAAAUACUGUCCAGGUCGAGUGGACAAAAACGGAGACGGGUCAAUGGCGCAUGCAGGAAGUCGCUGGAUCUGAAAAAUACUUUGCCGCCGACCUCAUCUUGCUGGCCAUGGGCUUCUUGGGUCCCGAGAAGACUGUUCCCGGGGAACUGGGCUUGGAAUUGGAUCCACGUGGCAACAUCAAGGCAUGCAAUGGACAAUAUGGCACUUCCAAUGCCAAGGUCUUUGCCGCAGGGGAUUGCCGUCGUGGUCAGUCUCUGGUGGUGUGGGCCAUCACCGAGGGUCGGCAAGCAGCUCGUCAAGUAGAUUCCUACUUAACUGGCAAGAGCAGCGGCUUGCCAGGACCCGGUGGCGUGAUCAGGACCUAAAUUGGAGCCUUGCGUCUGUGUGCAUCGUCCUUAGUCUAGAGAGAAAUUCGUUUUCAAUUUGUGAUUCUUAUUUUCGCGAUUUUAGUUUAGUUUACACUUAAAAACAAAAAAAGACUUGAGUUUUUUUUACAUACAUAUGUACACACAAAACAAAGAAA